AUGGAUUGCUUGCGGGACAAGUUUGUCGGAGGAGUACUGUUGGACGGUCGAUUCCUCACAGUCACGCCCCUUAACCAUGGUUCCUUUGGAAUGGUCUUCCUUGCCAAGGACUCCUUGACUGGAGAACAGGUCGCUAUCAAAUGUCUGACCAAACAGUCUGCUGACGGGUUGGAGUUGGCUGCUGAUGAACGUUCCGAGGAGAUGGAAUGCCAUGCUCGUCUCGGUUAUCAUCCAAAUACCGUCAACAUGAUUCAUUCCUUCGAAACCACUUCACACACCUUCUUGGUGCUUGAAUAUUGCUCCAUGGGCGAUUUAUAUGAGGCCAUCAGGAUUGACCGUGGUCCUUUGGAAACCGAGCACGUUCGUGACUUCAUGUUGCAACUGGUUAGCGCCGUGGAGUACAUGCAUUCCAAGGGCUUGUACCAUCGUGAUAUCAAACCAGAGAACAUCUUUCUCUGCCAGGAUGGUUCAAUGAAGCUGGGCGAUUUUGGACUCGUGACUCGUUCGAAUUGGUCUUUCGAGGCGUGCGUUGGAAGUGACCGGUACAUGGCGCCUGAGCAAUAUGAACCAACAGCGGCCGGUUACUCUCCUGCCCAAGCUGAUAUCUGGGCUAUUGGAAUCUGCCUUUUGAACAUCUUGUUUUCCAAGAAUCCAUUCGUUACACCGACCGAAUCCGAUGUACUUUUCGCUGAUUACUCUCGCGACCGCCAAUCCCUCUUUGACGUGUUCCCCAACAUGUCUCAGGAUACCUUUGAGAUUCUGACUCAUUCCUUGGCUAUCGACCCGAAAAAGCGGUCUCUCUCUGCUAUGCGGGAAGCUAUUGUUCGUGCUGUUUCCUUUACCACCGAUGAUGAGAGCCUCGACGACUUUUGCACCGAGGAUAGGAAUGUCAUCCCUGCAAGUGCCUACCGUGAACCCCUUCGCACGCCUUCAAUCCAGAGUCCUCAAAUCAACCAGGGUGACUCCUUCCCGUGGGCAAAAGCUCUUCAGACAACCCCGCAACAGGCCGUCCGUCAGUUGUCCGCGAUUCCCGACACCGAAAUCUAUACUGAGGACCUGUUCGCCACAUCUGCCGAUGAGGGCAUGUCAUGGUAUACGGAAAAUAAUGGAUCAGCGUCCAUGGUUUCAACCUUGGAUUCGAACUUGGGUCCAUCUUUCAAGGCCAUGGCGUUCCCCAAGGACCGUUUCCGGCAGUUUGAGAAGGUUCAAUUUGGUGGUUCGCUUCCUGAGCCAGUUGGCGUUCCUAUUCCUUCCAUGUCGAUGGUGUUCGGCAAGGGCAAAGAUGAACAAGUGUCGAAGAGUUGGAGCGAUCUAUGGGACGAGGAUCAAAUGGAAAAUGAGGCUCUUGAACUUCGCAACCGCCAAGCCCAGAAUGCUCGUACUUGGAGCCAGGAAAGUAAGGAUAAUGAACCGGUCCAUUCUGGAUUGGCAGAAAUUGACCUUGCUUCUUCCACUUUGAAUGUCCGUUCAAAGACGCCGAGUGAACGCAAGGGCGUCUUUAUUCCGAGACAAACUGGCAACCGUACCAGUGAUGAGCCUCACUUCUCCGACCACCCGAGCUCACCCAAGCAUGCUACUUCGAAGCAGUCAAUUAUGGACAAGUGGGCGGCUUUGGGUCAGAAGAGACGCAAUUACUCCCCGAAGGAACCUCGGUCUACACAGUGGAAAGCGAAUCAGAUUGUGAACCGCAAUUGGCGAAAGGACGCUGCGCCAAUCCCGUUUGGAUCUGAGAACGAGCCGUGGACUCGCAAAAGUAGCAGCCCGAGGCGCAACCGGACUCGCCAGCACCAACCUCCGCAACCACACAUGCUCAGCAACGACUGGCGUCACGAUUCCUUCCAGACAACCAAGCCGAGAAAGGACACAUGCCCGUUUGCAGUUGAUGACAGCUACCCCGAUGAGGAAUUCGAUUUCAUCGGCGGAUGGCACGACCUUCAUAUAUAA